AUGGUGCUCGCCAUAACAAAAAGUCUGCCAAUUAUUGGAUGGGCAGCGGGAACAGCUGCUCAUUUGACGGCAUUAACGGGACUCGUUUCGAAAUCGCUCAAAGCGGCAACGGCGAUCGUGGGUUUGGGAAAAAUUGCCGCAAUUCCAACGUUACUCGUUGCCUUGGCUUACUUCAAUUACGACCUCUUUGAUCCGGAAAAUCGACCGUUUACCGUGGAAGAGGCGCAACCGGAAUACGAUUUUGUCGUUGUUGGCGGCGGAACUGCCGGAAGCAUCUUGGCAAGUCGCUUGAGUGAAGUGGCGAAUUGGAAAGUGCUGCUGAUUGAGGCAGGCGGGCACGAAACCGACAUCUCGGAUGUGCCAAUUUUGUCGCUGUAUCUGCACAAAAGCAAGUUGGAUUGGAAGUACAGAACACAACCACAAAACACAGCAUGUCAAGCAAUGCAGGAUAACAGAUGUUGCUGGACUCGCGGAAAAGUCUUAGGAGGCUCAUCGGUGCUUAACACAAUGUUAUAUGUUCGCGGAAACAAACGAGAUUUUGAUUUGUGGGCUGCUUUGGGUAAUCCCGGAUGGUCAUAUGAAGAAAUUUUACCGUAUUUCCGAAAGUCUGAGGACCAAAGAAAUCCCUAUUUGGCACGAAAUAAGCGUCAACACGGCGUCGGCGGAUACAUGACUGUGCAAGAUAGUCCCUAUAAUACUCCUUUAGGUCCCGCAUUUUUACAAGCUGGCGAAGAAAUGGGUUACGACAUCGUCGACAUCAACGGCGAACAACAAACUGGCUUUGCAUUUUUCCAGUUUACGAUGCGACGAGGCUCUCGUCUCAGCAUGGCUAAAGGUUUCCUUCGUCCUGUGCGCCUUCGCAAAAAUUUGGACAUCAUUUUGUACUCGCAAGUGACGAAAAUUCUCUUUGACGAAAGCGGCAAAAUCGCUCGCGGCGUCGAGUUCUACAGAAAAGGAAAAUAUUUCAAAACUUACGCAAAACGCGAAGUAAUUCUCUCAGCUGGAACGAUAAAUUCGCCUCAAUUGCUGAUGUUAUCGGGCAUUGGACCGGCGCAACAUUUGAGCUCUGUGGGCAUCACUCCGACCGUUGAUUUGCCCGGCGUUGGGCAAAAUAUUCAAGAUCACAUUGCCGUUGGAGGGCUCAUGUUCCAGAUCGACCAACCCAUUAGUACGGUGAUAAAUCGUCUUGUGAACAUAAAUUCCGCUAUUCGGUAUGCGGCGACGGAAGAUGGACCGCUAACGACAAAUAUUGGAUUGGAAUCUGUCGCUUUUAUCAACACAAAAUACGCAAAUGCCUCCGACGAUUGGCCCGAUAUCGAAUUUAUGAUGACUUCAGGUUCGACCCCAUCCGAUGGAGGAAGUCAAGUCAAAAGAGCUCAUGGCUUAAAAUCCGAAUUUUAUGACGACAUGUACUCAAAAUUGAAUCAUCGUGACGUUUUCGGGAUUUUUCCGAUGAUGUUGCGCCCAAAGUCACGUGGUUUCAUUAAACUUGCGUCGAAAAAUCCGCAUCGCUAUCCCUUAAUUUACCACAAUUAUUUGACGCAUCCCGAUGAUGUCGACGUUUUGCGUGAAGGAGUCAAAACAGCUCUCGCUUUAGGUGAAACGCAAGCAAUGAAACGCUUCGGAGCACGGUUUUACGACAAACAAGUGCCGAAUUGUAGACACUUACCGAUGUUCACAGAUGAAUAUUGGAAUUGCCACAUUCGGCAGUACACAAUGACAAUUUAUCACAUGUCGGGUUCCUGCAAAAUGGGACCGUAUGACGACAAACUGGCAGUUGUCGAUCACGAGCUGAGGGUUCAUGGCGUGCAAAAUUUGCGCGUAAUUGAUGCAAGUAUCAUGCCAGCGAUUACGAAUGGGAAUAUUAAUGCACCGGUAGCGAUGAUCGCCGAAAAAGGAGCUGACAUGAUUAAACAAGCGUGGGCGUCGGCAGCAGUGUGA